UACAUAUUGGUGUGGGUUUUUUUAUAUUAAAGGCAGAGUAUGCUGUCUUACACCAUCGGGAAAGGUUGUAAAAAGUGAGUUUGACGCCAAAUUAACCCCCCAAAAUAAAUAUAUUAUUUUACGUAAAGCAACACGAAAGCGUAUGACUAUAAACACAGUAUACAAAAUAUUGUUUGAUUUCAUCAAAAUCCAUUAUGUAAAAUAUAUCGACGCAUUAAAUUGUUGGGAAUACAAUAAUUUUGAAAGCAUUCAUUAAUAAUUUAAUUGACUUUCAAGAUGUUAAACUAAUUACCGUGACAUAUUCAUAAGUCCUGCAAAGUUCUACAGAAUUCGAUGUUGGCUGCAAAUGGGACAUAGAACCUUUAAAAGGUCGCGAAUAUGAAGCAUUACGUAACAAUCGAUGACAAAAAUUCUCGCUAAUUGAACGACCUGUAAUGGCCAUGCCUGCCUAUGCACAAUCGCAGCAAAAUCAUCGCCCUCGUAUUUUUGGCGGGCUAAGGAUACUGAACAAUUUAGGGCUUUGCGUAGAUCGUCCGUCUGCGGAGACAUUUGCGGUGCUGACAGUGAGAAUAUACUUCUAAUUUGCUAAUAAACUACUCAGAUUUGUGCUUUUUAUUACGAAUUCUUGUGUUUAGUCGGAGAGAUAUUAUCGUUUUCCAAGAUGAAGAGUGUGGUAUUUUUUGCGGUUUCGUUUAUUGUCAUCGGAGCUGGAGCAUCGGGACAGACUCAAACUACGGAUACUUUACGCCUGUUCACGAACCUGUUUGCUAACUACUCUAAAGACAUCCGACCUGUCGAGAAAGCCUCACAGAGUAUCGACGUUCUCUACGGAAUGGCCAUCAGGCAGAUCAUCGACAUGGAUGAACGGAAUCAAAUUCUUACUACUAAUGUGUGGCUAAGACAGGGCUGGAGCGAUGCCAAUCUAAAAUGGAACCCCGAUGAUUACGGCGGUAUUACCAAGAUCACCGUCCCUUCUUCCAAUAUCUGGAAACCCGACAUCAUUCUCUACAACAACGCCGACAGCUCUUUCAAGGGAGCCAUGAAGACCAACGCCGCCGUUUCCAACGAUGGCAUCGUCACCUGGUUCGCUCCGGCUAUCUUCCGCAGCUCCUGCAAGAUCAACAUCAACUACUUCCCCUUCGACAAGCAGGAAUGCACCCUGCAGUUCGGAUCCUGGGCCUACACCACGGAGCACCUGAAUCUCCUGAACCGCUCGGCCUCGGGAGACACUGCCAGUUUUCUCGUCAACGGCGAAUGGAAAUUGGAAGAUUUCCCCGUGAUCCGGACCCUGCCCCAGUAUGGCUGCUGCAAGUACCCGUACUCCGUUCUCGAUUUCGUGCUCAUUAUCAGGAGAAGGCCGUUGUUCUACGUCAUCAACAUGCUGGUGCCUUGUAUAUUGGUGUCUGCCCUGACUCUCCUCACCUUCUACCUGCCAGCUGACACCGGGGAGAAGUUCACCCUCUGCAUCACCAUCCUCCUGUCUCUCACCGUCUUCCUCCUCCUGGCCGCGGAGACGAUGCCGCCAACUUCUGAAGUGGUGCCCCUCAUUGCCCAGUAUUACAUCACCACUAUGGUCCUCGUGUCCGCUUCAACUGUCCUCACAGCAAUCGUUCUCUACAUACACCACCGCGGGACGUACGUGGGUAGGGCGCCCUCUUGGUUCCGACGAUUCACACUCGAUUACCUGGCCAAGUUCAUAUGCAUGGGUGACUGUCAUAAUCCGGAUGUGAAAGAUAGGAUCCCCAAAAUCAACUUCGAGAAUGCUUCAGGAAGCAGUGGCUCAUCCACUGAGGUGGUUGAAGCCGGUCUUCAUAGCAACGAGAUGCCCCUCGAACUCGAUGUCGCGAACCUGCCGACAUCGCAGUCGGGCACGUGCGUUCAGCUUGAUCGCCGUGGUCGUAUCCGCUUCAUCAUGUCCCAGAUCGCUUCCUGUCUGCGCCUAGUCGUCGAGCAUUCUGAAGAUGGCAUCGUCGAUGAAGAGAUCAAGGGAGAAUGGAUGCGGAUCGCGUUCGUGUUCGAUCGCUUCUUCAUGUGGUUGUUCGGACUCAGCACCGCCGUGGCUACGUGCGGUGUUUUGCUUCAGGUUAAGGAAUAAUGUUCACACAUCUCUCUCUCUCUCUCUGUCCAUCUCUCUCUCUCACUCUCUCUCUCUAUCUAUCUCUUCAUUUAAAGAAUAGAGAUUGCAAAAUGUAAAGGUUUCGUAAGGAUUUCAAGAAAAAUUCCGAUGAAAAAUUUGUUUUUUAAAUAAUAGGCCAAAGAGAAAAAGGUUUACUCUCAUCGUGUUACUACAUUCUCCUUAUCUGCUUAAAGAUUAAUUCAUCUGUGUCUAUUGAGUUUCCAUAAUUUUACAUAAUAAUCAUUCUUUAUGAUUUAGAAAUGCGUCAUCAUGUUCGAUUUCCUUUUCAACUUCAAGUUAAAGUAAUCAAAUAAUACAAAAAAAAAGUUUACAAACAUUACUCUUUCUUUCAUGGUAAUAUGAUGUUUUUGAUGGACAUAGAUUUUGAGGAAAAUGGUUUUAUAUUGUUGCAAAAAAAAGUCUAAUAAUAUGAUAAUAUGUAUCCUUUUUUUAAUUAUUUGUAUCACUUCACGAACGAAGUAUUAUUUUUACUGAAAAAUAUUACUGAUCUUAACGUCUCAUAAUCAUUUUAAAUGUUUAUCACAAUUCUCGGAACUUUUGAGAAUUUUUGCCAUAAGUUCUAGGGCAAGUCAUGAGGAAAAAAUCAACUAGAUAUUUAGAUAGAUUUUUUUUUUGUCGGCCACCAUGUGGGAAUAUGCUUCCCACCCGCAUUACAAUAACAGAAGAAACAGAGUACAAUAAUAUGAAACAUGCAAAACUACACGACCAUGUCAAUUGUUCAACAUGUUAAAAAGUAUCUUUUAAUAUAAUAUUAUACAUCUUUAUGAACUUACAAGAUUUUAUGUAAUGCAAAAAAAAGAUUUUCUUUUAUGAAAUGCGCUACGUAAAAUGUACUUUUAUGUUUGUUAUCAUUGUAUUAAUCAAUAUUAUCAUUCAACAUAAGUUUUAUCGACUGAAGUACAAGUAUAGUCAAAGAUUUUUAAAAGGUAUUUUACGAAAUGUGCCUUCAUUCUUAUUUUUAUUAUUUAUUGUUAUCAAGCCCCAGAGUGUUUGGAUGUCUGAUUGAACCACGCUGUUGUUCCUAGAAAUCUAAUGUAAAUAUAGUAAACAGAGGGCAGUGCAACUUAUCACGCUUAUUUUAAAUGUAUUGAAAUCCAUGAUUGUAUUUAAUAAAGUGUAUGGCAAAUACAUGAAUGUAUUUAAUAAAAUGUAUGACAAAU